UGGCUUGGUGGGAGCGUUGCGCUCAGGGUUCUCCUGAGGCCCAGCAGAGCUGCGCGAGGGUUCGAGCGCUGCUGAGAGAACUGGGCGCAGGUGCUUCGGAAGGCCAGGGAGGUCGAGAUCGCUUCGCUGCUGACCAGCCUUUCAAUGGAUCCUGUCCGACCACCCUUCAGGGGCCCUUCCCCCGUGAAUCCAUCUCAGUCUGUGCGGAUGCCUGGCCCUUGGCCUCGAACUCCAAGACCUUUGGGCCCAGCUUUGGGCAGGGCAGGACUGGGCAGGGCAGGACCUGCGGGCAGAGGCCAUGUAUUUGGAAAGCAAGAGGAGCCAAGCCUAGAGAGUGGGCCAGCACAAAGGGAAUCUGUGGGUUUGGUCUCCAUGUUCCGAGGACUGGGCCUUGAAACAGUGUCCCAGGCACCUCCGAAACGAGAAAUGCCUCCUUUAGGUAGAGGGAUUCUAGGCCGAGGCUUGUCCACCAGUGUGGCACACAAGGACAGAGAAGAACCCCAUCCUGCUCUUCUGGACCCUGCAGUGUUGGCAGCUGGGGAUAGCAAGAUGGCAGAGGCCUCCGUUGGUUGGAGUAGAAUGCUUGGAAGAGGGAAUGUGGAUGUGCCUGUAUUAGCCAUGGGAAGAGCAGCUCGUGGAAUAGGCAGAGGAAUAUACAAGUCUCCCGGAGCUUUCACCGGUGCUCUCACCCUGACUUCUCGGGAUCCCGGCCAGCUGUCAUCUCCACCUCUGCCCCCGUCCCCACUGCACUCUCUGGAUCGCCCUCCACUUGGGCCUGCAGAACACAAGGAAAAAGAGCUGCUUGUGAAGCAAGGAUCAAAAGGAACCCCUCAGUCUUUGGGAUUGAACCUUAUCAAAAUACAGUGUCAUAAUGAAGCAGUUUAUCAAUAUCAUGUGACUUUCAGCCCCAAUGUGGAGUGCAAAAGCAUGAGGUUUGGCAUGUUGAAGGACCAUCAAGCUGUCACCGGAAACGUCACUGCUUUUGAUGGAUCCAUUCUCUAUCUGCCUGUUAAGCUUCAACAAGUUCUUGACUUAAAAAGUCAAAGGAAAACUGACAAAGCUGAGAUCACCAUUAGGAUUCAGUUGACAAAGAUCCUGGAGCCCUGUUCUGACUUGUGCAUUCCCUUCUACAACGUUGUUUUCCGUCGGGUAAUGAAACUUUUAGAUAUGAAGCUUGUGGGCAGAAACUUCUAUGACCCCACAAGUGCCAUGGUACUGCAGCAACACAGAUUGCAGAUCUGGCCGGGCUACGCAGCUAGCAUCCGCAGGACAGACGGAGGGCUUUUCCUGCUGGCUGAUGUCUCCCAUAAGGUCAUUCGGAAUGAUUCUGUGCUGGACGUCAUGCAUGCCUUGUAUCAGCAGAACAAAGAAAACUUCCAGGAUGAGUGCACUAAGCUUCUGGUUGGCAAUAUUAUUAUAACCCGAUACAACAAUCGCACCUAUCGUAUUGAUGAUGUGGACUGGAAUAAGACUCCGAAAGACAGCUUCACGAUGUCCAAUGGGAAGGAGAUUACAUUCUUGGAAUACUACAGCAAAAACUAUGGGAUCACAGUAAAGGAAGAGGACCAGCCACUGCUGAUCCACAGGCCCAGCGAGAGACAGAAUAACAAAGGGAUGCUGCUGAAAGGUGAAAUCCUGCUGCUGCCUGAGCUUUCCUACAUGACUGGAAUCCCUGAGAAGAUGAAGAAGGACUUUAGAGCCAUGAAGGAUUUGACCCAGCAGAUCAACCUGAGCCCCAAACAGCACCAUAAUGCUUUAGAAUGCUUGCUACAGAAAAUUUCAAAAAAUGAGACCGCCAACAAUGAGCUGACACGCUGGGGACUCUCUCUACAGAAGGAUGUGCAUAAGAUUGAAGGACGUGUUCUGCCAAUGGAGAGAAUUAACUUAAGAAAUACAUCAUUUAUCACUUCUCAGGAACUAAACUGGGUUAAGGAAGUAACCAGAGACCUUUCCAUCUUGACUGUCCCCAUGCAUUUCUGGGCACUGUUUUACCCAAAGAGAGCAAUGGAUCAGGCCCGAGAACUGGUGACCAUGUUAGAGAAGACAGCCGGCCCCAUUGGCAUGCACAUGAGCCCACCAGCCUGGGUGGAACUGAAGGAUGAUCGCAUAGAGACCUAUGUCAGAACCAUUCAGUCCAUGCUGGGAGUUGAGGGGAAGAUACAGAUGGUUGUUUGCAUCAUCAUGAGCACACGUGACGAUCUCUAUGGGGCCAUAAAAAAGCUGUGCUGUGUGCAGACUCCCGUGCCUUCGCAGGUCAUCAACGUCCGAACCAUUGGUCAGCCCGCCAGGCUUCGGAGCGUGGCCCAGAAGAUUUUACUUCAGAUUAACUGUAAAUUGGGUGGUGAGCUCUGGGGAGUGGAUAUUCCUCUGAAACAAUUAAUGGUGAUCGGAAUGGAUGUUUACCAUGACCCCAGCAGAGGCAUGCGCUCCGUGGUCGGCUUCGUCGCGAGCAUCAAUCUCACCCUUACAAAAUGGUAUUCCCGAGUGGUGUUCCAGAUGCCGCAUCAGGAGAUUGUGGAUAGCCUGAAGCUGUGCCUGGUGGGCUCCUUAAAAAAGUUUUAUGAGGUGAACCACUGUCUCCCAGAAAAGAUUGUGGUAUACCGUGAUGGAGUGUCUGAUGGCCAACUAAAGACAGUUGCCAACUAUGAGAUUCCUCAGCUACAGAAGUGUUUUGAAGCUUUUGAGAAUUAUCAGCCCAAAAUGGUGGUAUUUGUAGUUCAGAAGAAAAUCAGCACCAAUCUGUACCUGGCUGCUGCCGACCACUUUGUGACUCCCUGCCCUGGGACUGUGGUAGAUCACACAAUAACAAGCUGUGAGUGGGUGGACUUCUACCUUCUUGCCCAUCAUGUACGACAGGGUUGUGGCAUUCCUACCCAUUAUGUUUGCAUUCUCAACACUGCAAACCUGAGCCCGGAUCAUAUGCAGAGGUUGACUUUCAAACUGUGCCACAUGUACUGGAAUUGGCCUGGUACCAUCAGAGUUCCAGCUCCUUGCAAAUAUGCCCACAAGCUAGCUUUCCUGUCAGGACAAAUCUUGCAUCAUGAGCCAGCCAUCCAGCUGUGUGAGAACCUGUUCUUCCUGUGACUGGACAGUCAGGACAUGGACUGGGCAGAGCAAUCAGACUUCCGAACUCAGCUGUGAACUCAGCUGUGCAGGAUCCAGAGCGACUGAAAGGGUUUUUUUGUUGGUGUUUUCCCGUCACCAACCCAGUAGAAUAAGAUUAUCUUCUGUUUCUCUUUUUUUCCUCUUUUAAACCUGAUAUCAUCAAGAAGCAGGUUCCAUUCUAAAUUAUCAGCUAGAAAUUGUCUUGCUGCCUUUGUAGAGCCAGUGCUACUGCGUAGAUGGAGUGGGUGGAGACGGGGGACCGUUUAAGAGCCUCCAGGGCCAAAGAGCUGUAGAAGCCUGCGGAAGCAUCAAUUACACCUACAAACGCUACUUACCAAGCGGUUCCCAUUUCUGGCGCCAGAGGUGAUGAUGAACGAAGUCAUUGCAGGUUUCUUAAAGUAGAGAGCUACUUUAUUUAGGCAACUGGGGGAGGUAAUAAAAAGGCAAAGUUUUUCAAGAUACAGGCUGUUGCUGGCAAGUGUGAAAGGCGUGUAGCAAAAACCAGCUGGUGGGAUAGCAAAAACCAACUCUCUAGGGAUUGAGUUGGUGACACCUGUGACUUGAGCAGGCUUUGAAAGGGACACUUAGCUAUUUCUCAGCCUCCAGAGAGAGGCCAGAUGCAUCUUUUUCUGUGGAUUUUAGUUGCUUUGUAGUAGGCCAUGUUGAUUUCUUCCUCCCUCCCUCCUCCCCACUCUCCCCCUGCCCGGGCCUCCUAGUUACACACACACACUCACACCUUUGCUCCUUGUUACUAUCUUUAGUAAGUUUCCGUUUUUUUUAAAGUAAGAAUCAGAACAUGCGAAAUUCAGCAGCUAGGAGGGUUCAUGAUGGGGCAUGAGCUUUUCUUGACCCUUUCUCCUCAGGGUGUCGCCUUCUUUUCUGUUGAUAUGUUUGCAAAUUGAAUCACUCAUUUCCCUUGCUCAAUACCCACUUCCCGGCCAUUGGCUCAUUUUGUCAGGAAUUUUUCUGAAUCCACAUUAAGAUUUCCAGAAGUUGGCUUUGGGAAAUGUGACACUCCUGCCAAAGCCUGGGCAGUUCAGUUUAGGAAGUUGUCACUGUGCCUGUGGGUUUCAGUGUUUUGGGGAAGCACUUUUUUGUGUGUUUCUUUUUCCCCAUUUUAAAAUCUUCCAGUCCUUUCAGGGCUAAUUCAGUCUUAACUUUGCUUUACCUGGGUUUUAAAAGCCAGUUUUAUUUAACCUUUUCAAAUUUUUAUUUAUUUAUUUAUUUAUUUUUGGUGUGAUGGCUGGGAGGAGAUGAAGCAGAAAUCCUCAUUUUAUAUGACAGUGUGUGAGAAGAGAAACUUUAGCUUAAAACUCCUUAGAAGAAGAAAACCAAGCAAAUGUUCUGUUGGCUGCAGUGCCUGGCAGAGGCGGGGAGGCCCUGGGUGUCCACCGUCUCGAGUGCACGUCUGGUCCCCUUCGGAGAGGGGGUAGGAAGGCUGAGACCUGGGAUUUAAACACCAGGGGAACAGACACACUGGAUCGCUGGUUUUGGCUGAAGUUUUCUGAUUCCCUUUGGAAGCAUUUUGAGUUUCUCUUUUGAAGUUUGAUUUCCUAAUACUCGUUUUCUCUCAUAUAAUCAGAAAAGACAAAUACUUGAAUAUAAUACAAAAAUUUCUUCACUUUUUAAUCCUGGUUUUCUUGCCUUGGUUUUUCAGUCUUAAUGUGAAAUGACUGGGUCAUGGGGUGGGAAACAAAUAAAACCAAAUUUGUAUAA